AUGCUUCGAUUCGUAAAAAAUAUCUCAAAGGCAGCAACAGAUUCUUUCAAAGUUGUAUCCACAAGAUUAAAGACAAUGAGCAGCACUAAUAAGACCACAACUGUACACCAUCAAGCGGAAAUCGGAAAAAACGAAUACAUCCAUAGAGUCAAAAUUCUCAAUCUGCCUCCACAUGAGAUAAAUUCUACCAAACGGCUGUUACAAAGCCAUGGAAUACACAAAUUCAAAAAGGCACCAAAAUGGGAAUAUGCUUUUCUCAAUUGUGAAACUGAGGAAGCUGCGCGAUUAGCCAUGUCAAAAUUAGAAGGCGUGGAAUUCAAAAAGAAGACUCUCGUAACCGAAUAUUCAAAAGUGUCAGAAAAGGCAUUUCGAUCGAGAUUUGAGACAAAGAAGAAGAAAGCCGAAGACAUUGUUGAGAUUGAUACUAGGACACCCACAGAAAAGUUGGCAGAUCAAGUUACGCCCCUCUACAAAGUGCCAUACCACGAUCAAGUAGCCAAGAAGCAUAAAUUAGGAGCACGGUACCUGAAUACCCUUAGAAAGAAGGUGCAUGCGCUUCCAGAAAUCAACGACGCAGGAAAAGAGCAAAUUGCCUGGACAAAUACACUAGAAGGAAUGGAUUGUGAGAUUUUAGAUACGAUUCAGUCGCCAGACAUCAACGGCUAUAGAACGAAAUGCGAGUUCACGAUUGGCAAGAAUUUAGAAGGCAAAGAAACAGUCGGCUUUCUAUUGGGAUUAUACAGAGAUGGCAUUACCGCCGUAGUAAGCUCUGAUGAAUGCUUGCAUCUGCCUGAAAAAGCAAAGGAGAUAGCCAAGACAAUGGAGAACUACAUCAGAGAGUCAGAUUACGAUGUUUAUGAUCGAGUUGAAAAAGUAGGCGUAUGGCGAUCCAUCAUGACAAGGACACAAAGAACCGGCGAUAUCAUGAUUUUAAUACAAAUGAACACCAAAGAGUUAAGCGAUGAACAAGUAAUGGCGGAAAAGAAGAAAUUGGUUGAUUAUUGGGACAAGAGUGGCAUCAAUGCGACAACCUUGAUGUUACAGAUAUGGAAUGGAGAUUCUAAUGGUAUUACAGAUAAAGGUACAACAGAGAUUUUGACAGGUGAUGGGUACGUAUACGAAGAGAUUCUGGGCUGUAGAUUCCGUAUCUCCAGUAGUGCCUUCUUCCAAGUUAAUACGCCCGCUACAGAACUAUUGUACUCCAAAUGUGCAGAAUGGAGCAAUAUCAAUGAGAACAAGAAAACAACCUUGCUGGAUCUCUGUUGUGGAACAGGCACCAUUGGUAUCACUAUGGCAACCAAAGUGGAUAGAGUGGUCGGUAUAGAAAUGAUCCCUGAAGCCAUUGUGGAUGCUAAAGCCAACGCCUUGAUGAAUAACAUCAUAAAUGUCCAAUAUUAUGCUAGCAAAGUGGAGGAAAAGAUUGACAUUGUCGCUAACGAAAAGAACGAAGAGGUAGUUGCCAUUUUGGAUCCACCGAGAAAUGGAGUGCAUACAUCUGUCAUUCGUGCUGUUAGAGAGUCUGAGCAAAUUCAAAAAGUGAUUUUCAUCAGUUGCGAUGCUAAACAAGCCAUGCAAAACUUUAUUGGAUUGUGUCGACCUACAUCCAACAGAUUCAAAGGGCUGCCGUUCAAGCCAUCUCGAGCAGUGUCUAUUGACUUGUUUCCGCAUACAGAUCACUGCGAGUUGAUGAUUGAAUUUGUGCGAAUCAAUCAAGGCACCACAGAAAUCAACGUUUGA